CCGCAUCGUCCCAUAUAUACGCGCGUACGUAUCAAGUACGUAUGUUGGUGUAGUGAUAUCGUUCGGCGUCGUACAUCACGAACGCGAACUGCGUACAAAGUCCCCUUUGUCAUUGACACGUGCAUUUAAUUAAAUAUAUUAAAAAAACGUACAGUUCCAUAUCUAUAUAUGAUUACGUACGCGGAAUCGAGAUCGAUUAUUUUGUAAAAAUGAGUGCAGAGAUUUUAGUAGAGCCGGAUGUGAGUGGUGUUGUUAAAAAAUUGGCAAGUGUUGUCGAGGAAAGUGCUAAUGAGGCGAUAGAACGCUAUGGAAUCUUCAAAAUUGGUUUGUCAGGUGGUUCUUUAGUUCAAUUUCUUUGCGAAGGACUACCGACGCUAAAGACUGACUGGACGAAAUGGCGUUUUUUUUUCUGUGACGAAAGAAUUGUUCCUUUCGACAGUCAAGAUUCAACUUUCGGGGUCUACCGAGCUAACCUGAUUGGAAAAAUUCCGAUUGAAGAGAAUCAAUUUGUUACCAUUGACUCGGAGCUUCCUGCCGAUGAGGCGGCCAAAGAUUACAUCAAAAAAAUGUCUGCAUAUUUUGCACCGCACAGUCUGCCAAGGUUUGAUGUUUUGUUACUGGGAAUGGGACCGGAUGGUCAUACUUGUUCAUUAUUUCCUGGACACAAACUUUUGGAUGAGAGCCUUUCAUGGGUUUGUCCAAUAAAUGAUUCUCCGAAGCCUCCACCUUCAAGAAUCACCUUGACCUUUCCUGUCAUCAAUAAUGCAGUAAAGUGCGUUUUUGCCAUUUCUGGAGCUGGGAAAGCCGAAAUGGUUAAGCGCAUCUGGGAAUUGGAAGAAAAAUUACCAGCAUCUAUGGUGCGACCCACAGACGGGAGGUUAAUUGUGAUAUUGGACGAAGGUGCAGCUGGAAAAUUGUCCCAUCGUUGAAGAUUUUUUUUCGUACAAAAACAUUAUCCCCGUUAAAAAAUAUUUUUUUAUUAUAAAGAAUCUAGUUUCAUAAUUUGCUAUGAUAAUUAUAAAUUAAAUUAAAAGAAAAAAUAUAUUGGAAAUGAUAAUAUCACGAAUUGAUGUUUGAAUAUUGAAAUGUUUUUUUAUUGGAUCCGGGAAAUGGAGAAUACAGUUUUUCACGAUCACGGAAUGUAUUUACACAUUUGAAUAAGUUUGUUAAAUUUCCAAGUUAAUGAUUAUAAUUUCAAGUCGAAAUUGGAGGGAUAGCGCUAAUUUAUGAUCUUGAGCCGCUAAAUUGGGAGAACAUGCAGCUCUUUUGACAAAAAAAAACAUAGAUAAUCGGGAGAUGAGAUAUUAUUGAUUAGAAAGAUUAAAUUCUGUAUGGAAAUCGA